GUAAAACAAUAAUAAAUAGCGUUGUUCGUUUUUACUGUCCGACCGAAACUAGUAUUUUCGCACCAACAGAAACUUCAGUUCAAUUUUAGUUUCGGCAGAAACCGACAAUUUUAACUGAUGAGUAUGAUGAGAGAUAUGGGAGGUUUGGUAUAUGAAGUAGCUUUCAACAUUAAAACAAAGUGAUCUGUGUCGCCGCAUGACCAAAACUGUAUUUAAAAAUGUCUAUUUUACAAAAGUGAGCUUUACAUAUCAACCCUACUGCUCUGAAAGUAGCUGAUUUAAAACGAAGUAACUUGGACAAAAAGCAGUACAAACCAUCAUUAGUUAUUGAGUCAUAUAAAAACUUACAAAUGUUGUGUUCUGCAAAUAUCCUACAGAGCUGAGCCUUUUGGUUAGAUCAGAAGUAAUCUCUGAGCUUCUGAUAAUUCUCAGGACCUCAGGGGUUGACAACGGCAGCUGUUGAACUUUUCGUGGUGCUCCACUGUCCAAAGAGUGAUGUGGAGAUACAAACAGAUAUACAAAGUAACAAAAUCAACGAUAGGGCCGUUGAAAAAAGACUUUUCCACUGCGAAAACUUUGAACUCUGAAGGAUACAGCUUUGAAUUAACCGACACGCAGAGGGAAAUAUAUGAAUUGGCUAAGAAAUUUGCUAAAGAAGAAAUAAUUCCUGUUGCCGCCCACCAUGAUAAAACUGGAGAAUAUCCAUCGGAAAUAAUAAAGAAAGCAUGGGAGUUGGGAUUAACAAACGCCGGCAUUCCAGAGCAUUGUGGUGGGUUGGGCCAUUGUACAUUUGACGCCUGCUUGGUUGAAGAUGCGUUUAACUGGGGAUGUGCUGGUAUCGCCUCCACUUGUCUUACAUCAGAUCUGGGGCAACAUCCUGUUAUAUUGGUUGGAACCAAAGAGCAACAGAAAAAGUAUCUUGGAAGAUUGGUUGAGGAACCCCUACAAGCAGCAUACGCCGUUACCGAGCCCGGGGCAGGAUCCGAUGUGAAUGGCGUGAAAACAAAAGCAGUAAAGAAAGGAGAUGAAUACAUCCUCAAUGGACAAAAGAUGUGGAUCACUAAUGGAGGAGUUGCAAACUGGUACUUUGUACUAGCGCGUACGAAUCCGGAUCCGAAAGUCGGUGCAAACAAAGCAUUCACAGGUUUUAUCGUGGAACGUGAUUUUCCCGGAGUUCAACCCGGAAGAAAGGAGGAUAUGAUGGGCCAAAGAGCAUCCAAUAUACACGGCAUUACAUUCGAAGAUGUACGGAUACCGAAAGAGAACGUCCUGCUCGGUGAGGGAGCUGGCUUUAAAAUUGCGAUGCUGGUGUUCGACAAGACACGGCCAGGCGUAGGAGCUAUGGCAACAGGAAUCGCACAACGUUGCCUGGAUGAAGCUAGAAAAUACGCAACUGAGAGAAAAACUUUUGGCGUUCCAAUAAUUCAGCAUCAAGCUGUGGCUUUCAUUUUGGCCGAUAUGGCAAUCGGCAUUGAAACUGCAAGAAUAAAAAGCGAGACCCCUUUGUCUGCUGGAAAACUACUAGAACGACUCAUAGAAGGUAUGCUACGAAAAUAUGUCAAGGAAAAGAACCACUGGUCUCCCUUGAAAUUUGGUUCUAGAAAGGGACAGUCUGCCAUAGCUGCACUAAGUGCAAUGGCAAAGCUAGCGAAAGUAGCGGAUAGCGGCAGCUACAGCAGUAAGAAGCUUUGCGUUAUGGUCGUUUUUGCCGUAACAAUCACGAGCACCAUAUGCUGAGGUAACGGCGGAUGAAAAGGAAACGAGGGUGGGCUGGCCGUAGACGAUCGUCGGCGCUACUUUAAAACAGGGAAGGAUGACUGCGGGUGCAUACCAAGGUACAUUUUUAUAAUAACAGAAUCGGAUUUCGAUUAGCGAUCUAGCCUGUAAAUCCUUUCCUAUUUUGGUACUCAGCAAGUGAUCAUUUAGUAUUUUUCUCCUCUUGUUACUGUUUGUCGAUAUUGUGUUGUUGAAUUGUUGUGCUGUUGGUGUGAUUGUUCUUGAGUGCUUUUAUUUAUCAAGGUUGAUAAUGGACAAUAAAAGGC